GAUGGGGGCAGCCCAGCUGCCCCUGAGCCCCAGGACCUCCAGCUGGAUCCGUUCUCACAGGAGCCACAGCCGAGAUACUGGGAAACAUGGUCCAGCGGGAUUCCCGGCUUGGCCUCUUCUUGCUGCUGGGGCUCCUGGGAGUGGUGAUCUCACUCCAUGUCCCACCCGGCGGUUUAACCUGGGCUCAGUGGUUUACGAUCCAGCACAUAAAUAUGACCCGGUCUCAAUGCGAUCCUGCAAUGCGGGCGGUUAACCGUUACAGAGGGGUAUGCAAAGGGCAAAACACUUUUCUCCACACAAGCUUUGCUCGUGUAGCUCGUGUAUGUUACACCAGAAAUAUAACCUGUCCUAGGUCAGGCUGGACAAAUUGUCAUGAGAGUAGCUUUCAAGUGGCUGUAACCCACUGUAACCGCACAAGAAAUGCACCGCAUUAUACAGACUGCAGAUAUGCACGGAGACAGGUACGGAAGCGCUUCAUCAUUGCCUGUAACGUCAGUUCACCAAGGGAUGAUCCCAGGUACCCUGUGGUGCCAGUUCACUUGGACGAGAUCAUCUAAGCUGUGCACUGGAACUUGGGGCCACGCUCAUCUGCCAAGCCCCAUGGUCACAGCCAAGGUCGCAUUGCACCACCCACCCCGGAUAUCAGCAUCAGUCCUCAAUGCUGCAGCCCCUGACCCCCUUUAAGCCUUGCUGAGCUCAAGCUCCUUGUGCACCUGCAAUAAACUCUACAGAA